GGCGCGUAUACACACACGCCAGUCCGAUCCGACUCGCGCGGCUCCUCAGUUCACGAUUGGCUCUCUUAUCUGACGCGCACGAAAACCGCGUGGCUAUCACUCGAUAAGCUUGCACCUGCAGCCGUACUUACAUAGGAAAACCAGCUGACGUAGCGAAAAGAAGACCCGGACCGUGAAAUUAUGAGAUAGUACUGCGGGCACCCACGAGGAAAUUUUUUUCGUCCCCAACCAUCGGGUGUACAUUUGUAUUAUUGUUACAACAAUUGGGCCUUGCAUGUGCUACGGUGUUCAUUAUUAUUAUCAGCUGCAGUGGUAAACGAGCAUCAUCGACGAGAUAGCCAAAAAAGUCCGAAGGGAAGGACAAUAAACUUCAAAAUGGUUUCACAAAAUCACAAGGCGCCAACGGAGUUGGACACUUUUCUUCCGCAAGACGGAUCCAACUUUAAGGACGGCCUAACAGCCAAGUACAAAGUCAAAGUGACGCCGAUGGAUGUCGAAGGCGCCACGAAAGAUGACAAAGCUUUCGACCCGUUUACAGAACGUCAGGUCCCAAAUCCGACCACGGACUGUGAUACGCUGACCCAUCUGCUGAAAGCGUCGCUGGGAACCGGAAUUUUGGCGAUGCCCAACGCCUUCAUCAGCGCCGGUCUCAUCGGAGGUAUUUUGUCGACGAUACUCGUGGCCUUUGUUUGCACCCACUGCUCGUACAUCCUCGUCAAAUGCGCUCACGUUCUUUACUACAAAACGCGAAGGACGGAAAUGAGUUUUGCUGACGUCUCGGAAGCCGCGUUCGCAAAUGGACCCAAGUGGGCUCGGCCGUUUGCGAUGCCAUCGAGGUAUUUGAUCCAGAUAAGCUUGUUCAUAACGUACUUCGGCACCUGCAGCGUGUACGCCGUAAUCGUGGGAAAGAACUUCCAAGCGGUGUACGAAAAUUAUUUCGACAGCACAAAUUCACGGGUCGUGAUACUGAUGCUGCUCGUGCCGAUGAUCCUGCUGAGUUGGGUGCCCGAUCUCAAGUAUCUAGCCCCGGUCUCGAUGAUUGCCAAUUUCUUCAUGGCCACGGGGCUCGGGAUCACUUUUUACUACCUUGUCAGAAGGAUAACGGAGCACCCCGAAAAAAUUGCGGAAUUGGACAAUUUCGCCCCGAUCGCCAAGUUUCCUGCAUUCUUCAGCAUAACGAUCUUCGCCAUGGAGGCCAUUGGAGUGGUCAUGCCAUUGGAAAACAACAUGAAAACACCGCAGAAUUUUGUUGGUCUCUGUGGAGUGCUCAACAAAGGAAUGUCCGGUGUAACGCUCAUAUACAUUUUCCUUGGCUUUUUGGGAUAUCUUGCAUAUGGAGACGAAAGCCAAGGCAGUAUUACGCUUAAUUUACCAUCAAACGAAUAUCUUGCCCAAAGCGUACAAAUUUUAAUUGGUCUUGCCGUCUACUGCACGUUUGGUCUGCAGUUUUAUGUGUGCCUUGAUAUUGCCUGGAGUGGAGUCAAGGAGCGCUUCCAAAAGAAGCCUAUUUUUGCCAAUUAUGUUUUAAGAACUGUCCUCGUCAUUGGUGCAGUGUUCCUUGCCAUUGCUGUACCAACAAUCGCUCCGUUUAUUGGACUGAUUGGAGCAUUUUGUUUUUCAAUUUUGGGUCUUAUUAUUCCUGUAUUCAUUGAAACUGUCACGUACUGGGACAUUGGUUUUGGUAAAUUCAAUUGGGUGGCAAUUAAAAAUGUUGUCAUUUGUGUUAUUGGUUUAUUGGCCUUGUUUUUCGGCUCAAAAAGUUCCAUUGAGGAAAUUGUUCAAGUAUUCGGCAGUCUAGAAGUAAACCACAACGCAAACUAUACCACUAACUCCACUAGUAUUUAAAUAGAUAUAAGUUUUAAUGGAUUUUUUACAAGCAAGUAAAUGAAAAUGCUAUUUUUUGUAAAUAUUUUU